AUGUUCCCUGCCACACAAAUACUGACGUAUCUCGUUGACAGCUGCUACAACAACUGCCCCGAUCACCCAGAUAGACAACCAGCUCAACAGCUUAAGCAACAAUACUGUUUAAACGCCAAAGUCUACGGAACCAUGUUCCAAACCGCGUCCAAGGUCUCAACAGCUACCGCCCCUUGGCCUUCUAUAUCCUCCAGCUCUGCCGCGGAUUCAACUGCGACAAGUACACAUGCAGCUGGAGAAACUCACACAGAUUCCUCAGCUGCUAGUCCUACAAAGUCCCUUGCUGAAUUGCAGGCUUCGGCAUCACCGUCAGAGGGCGUUGCCGCUGCCUACUCUGCGGGCUAUUUUCUCGCUUUCUUGGGAUUGGGGUUAGGUGUUAUGCUUUGA